AUGGAGGUGGAUAUGGGGGCCGAGGUGGUUAUGGCGGGUAUGGUGGAGACGGUUAUGGUGGCGGAUACGGCGGUAAUGGUGGAUGCCUUGGCGGCUACGGUGGCGGUUAUGGCGGCUAUGUUGGCGGUUAUGGCGGAGGUAAUGGCGGCUAUGGCGGCUAUGGUGGCGGAUAUGGCGGUUAAGGUGGUGGCUAUUGGCGGCUAUGGCGGGUACGGUGGGGGAUUCGGCAGUGGCUACGGUGGUGGAUUUAAAAAGGGAAUUGGUUAUGGAUGCCUUGGAGGUUACGGUGGCGGCUAUGGCGGUUAUGGUGGCGGUCUUGGUGGUUAUGGUGGUUACGGUGGCGGCUAUGGUGGUUAUGGUGGCGGUUAUGGUGGCGGUUAUGGUGGCGGCUUUGGUGGUUAUGGCGGUUACGGUGGCGGUUAUGGUGGUUAUGGAGGCGGUUAUGGUGGCGGCUAUGGCGGCGGCUAUGGUGGCGGUUACGUUGGCGGCUAUGGUGGCUACGGCUGUUACGGUGGCGGCUUUGGCGGAAAGAAUGGAAAGGCUGAGGGCGUAACCCCGUUUUUUGCGUAA